GAAGAAGAAACUGAACCCAAAAUUUUCUCUGCCAAGAAGCGACUGGGACUUGUCGGGGUCAUGGCAGUACUCGCUGGAACGGCUGUGUUCUUCAGUGCAGAAGAGAACGUAGCGGAGACUAAGAUAUGGGAUAGAGAGAUGGCUGGAAUACGGAAUGCGACAGCACUGCCUGAACAGCUUGCAAGAAAGUUUCUCAUUAGGAAUAAUCUCGUCUGGAAGCAGGCGGAGGACAAGUGCAAGAGUUAUGGUGCAGAAGUGUGUCCCUUGAAGAACGUCUGCAACGGAAAAUCGCCAAAUGCGCAAAGAGUUCUCUGUACGGAGAGAGGAAGGAAGAGAUGCACCAAGAAGGAUGAGCGGCAACUUCAGAGCAGGUGGGUGCCAGUGAAGGUUGAAGCCAGCAAGCAAUGGGUCAGCACCGAUGACUGCUCGGCUGUUGAGUUUCCCGAGGACAAGAAGAUGAGAGGUGUUGUCGCCUGCUGCGGGAUGAUGCGAGGCAAAGGACCAUACGACGUCCUCGCUGUCCACCUUGCGCCUGUCGUGCAGGAGGUUAGGAAGUCAGGUCUGGGGAAGAGGAAGUACAGACCCGGACAGAGAGACUCCUGGAGUCAGCAUGAGUAUGUGGACAAGAUGAGGAGCAAUGAUCCGUUCCUCGCUCACAAGCAGUCGGGGACGAAAGUGAAGUCGUUCCAUGAGCAUGUAACUGACAAGGCGAAAGAGCACUUGGGGACACAGACAGUGAACGCCAUCUCUGACAAGAUUGCCGACAUUCAUGGUCAAAUGAAGUCGGGCAUCGGAUUGCUUCUCAAUUCCUUUUCUCCUUCGGCCAACGCAACCUCCACAUCGAACCUCAAAGAAUCCGCUCGCACGAAACUGUCGUUUGGAGUCACUCAAGCCGUCAGGAACGCGACGAAGCAAGGCAAGGGUUGGUCACCUUGAGGUGGAACGAUCUCUCAACUGUUCGAGUGAGUGGAGAAGGGGCGCAUCCGAGGCUCCUUGGAAUGUACAGGAUAGGUUUACGGAAAGAUGUUCUGCCUUCUGUCGGCUGCUGGCUUAUUGGUCAAGCUUGAAUUGUAAAUAAAGGAUCCUU